AAUGCUCUUCACACGGCUCCCUCCCCGCAGUUGGCAGUGCGACCGUCGCGAUGGGCGCGCUCUGCCGCCCGUGUUGAGCGUGGUCCGGUGUGCUGUUGUCUCCGUCCUCUGGCGCGCCAUCUCCAGUUCGUUGGCACACUCUUUACCGUUUCAUUGGCGUCCGCAGCACGUGUCAGGACCAGAGAAAAGAAUGUCGUUCCCGACGAAGGAGGUGCGACAGCAGUGCUGGGACUCGCGCGACCGCUACUGGGAGUGUCUGGACGCCAACAAGGAAGCCGCGGAGCAGUGUGUGAAGUUGCGCCAGGCGUACGAGGCGCAGUGUCCAGCGCAGUGGGUGAAGCACUUUGACCGCAAGAGGAGCUACCUCAAGUUCAAGGACCGCAUAGAGAAAGAGGGGUAUGAGCCUCUGAAAUGAGCGUGGCAGUGUGCUGGCACUAACCCGAGCGCGGCAGGCAGACGCGACUAACGCCCCGCACAGUGUAAUGCAGUGUUUGAGUCUGGCGUGGUCGGCUUGCAGGGAGAUGUUCGUCACGGCCUCUCCCGAGAGCGCGGAGGCUGUGGGUGCGUGCGACGUAGUUCCUCCAGCUGUUAGUCUCCUUUUAGCGUUAUGCUUGCUUGGACUCCUCUCUCCUCCAAACUCAAGUGUAUGUCUUUUUUGCGGUUUCCUUGUGAACUUGUAACGCUACUGGCUGUAGCAACAAAAAUGUAAAUUGUGCCUUUAAAAAUUACUCACCAAAAUUUCAAAGUGUGGAUUUUCAUUUACUUACAAUCGCUGGAAAAUUGAGUUGCUAAUUCUGGACUCACAUCUCCCUUCAAGCUAGCAUUCAGUUUCAUUUGUAGUUAUUAUUUUAUUAUAUUAAUGCUUUCUUUAUGCACUACAACUGAUGGUAAUUUUUUUACAUUAAGUUGCACAAAAGUCAGAAAGAUUAAUUUAUAAAUUUGCUUCUCUUUCCUCAUUUUGUAAUUUUCAUCUUGUUUCUAAUUUCUUUAAGUAUUUGUUGUUAAGUUUGGAUGAAAUAUUUUUAACACAUUCUCAUUUAACUCAAUAAUAACUAUUUACUUUUUUUAUGAUAUUAAAUUAGUAGUAAGAAAUAUGCUCAUUAUUGUCGGAUGAGGUUGUUAUUUCCCCAGUUGCUUUUCUCCGCUGUAAGAGUAAACUUCAGUAAUAGACUUUUCCGUGGAUCUGUGAAGUAACUGUCAUGAGUACAAAUAUUGCUAAUGGCCUGUCCAUCACUGUUGCUCAGUUCUGUUGCAGUAGGCAGUUGUUAGGUGUUGAGAGAAAUGUGCAGAAAAUUAAACUUUUGCCAAUAUAAAGUAAUUGACUGUUGUGUAGCUGUACAGCCACCUGUUCAUCGCUAUAAUUGCAGGGUCCAGCAAUCAGAAACAUUUUGAAACUAAGCACCUAGGCCGGUAUUCCAAGAUUUGUGGUUAAGGUAGCCUUGUGAGGAUUCAACUGUGGACCACAUUGAAGCGUGUCCAAGCCUAAUCCCAGUAAGGCAGUAAGGUAACAGAAAGGCAACUGCUUUAAUAAAAGGUGUCCAACACAAGGCUAGUUACUGGUUCCAACGCAUUCUAUCAGAUGUUUCACGUCCAUCGUUACAAUUAUUUACGGCAAAAAUCCUAGAGAUAGCAGCAGCGUCGCAGAAAUUAAAUGGUGUUAUUCUAAUUUUCUUAAGUAUAUUUUAAGUUGCGAUUAUUUCUUGUUAUCACCAUUAAAGUGUACAAAAUGUAUUCCAGGAUAGUUUCGCUGCAAUGAAGUUUAAUUUGGUAACUAAUACGCUUGGUACGUCCCCUAAUGUUCACAAAAGUGACUAUAUUCGAGUUAAUGGCGUCUUAUGUGGGUUCGACAUCUGGAUGAAAUUAACGAAAACGUGAGCUCUGCGCAUGCACGGUAUUUGGACAAAAGAUAGGUGAUGGAUAGGACACUGAAAUCUGUUCCCUAAAAAUAUGGGACUGGCCGUGUGGUAUCGUGCACUAGGAAUACGGUUAGGAAACAGGUGUAGCAUGUUCAACACCUAGCCCCUUAUUUUUGUUUCUUGGAAUACUGGCCUUAUUGCCUUGGAAGUCAUGUUGUUAUAAACUGUUGUCAAGAUAUAAAUAGUUGAGUUUGUUGUGUGUAGUUUGUUGGUAAACACAAGCAAGGGACUAUGUGAAUAAGCUGAUAUAAUUAUUGUUUGUAGACAAAUGUCUGUACUAUUUAAUAAAGUUGUGUGUCAAAUGUUAAAAAAAAUAAUAAAUUCUUAAAAGUUCCCUUUUAUUUUUUAUUUUCCAAAGCCAUUCACUAGUUAGUCCAGUGACGUGUUGCUGGCAAGAAUCAGUAAGGCUGAUUGAUUGGGUGCCAAUAAAAAUACAUUCAAUAGAGUUACUUAAAUUGUACCAUUGUUAUUCUUGUGAUCAUUAUUGUGUUACAAUGUAAAACUGAUUGUGAUAUUUUCAAAGAUAUAGAAAUUAGAUUAUAUUGUAAAAAUUAUUUUUUGUAUGUAGUUUAUUAAUAAGUAAAUAAAAUCAUUUAUUUAUCAAUUAACAAAAUAUAAGUUUAAUCUUCAGGACUAUACUUUGAUUACUGCAAUAGUACAAGGAUGUCAUAAAUAGUGUGAUUUAUAGAGGUAAUGUCGAAUGGAUGUGGAAAUUACAUAUUUUGUGAAAUUGUAAAUACUUACCUCUAAGCAACGUGCAAACACUUGACUUCUUGUGGCGAGACUUGCAGACUUCUCGCGUACAUGAUCACAGACGUAACUGUGUGAGUGCCUGGCACUGUAGGUGUGGCAGCUGAUGUUUGCCGUGAAUAUCGACCCAGAGAUGACCAUCAUCCUAGCAUUUAAAAUAAUUGGCAGUCUAUGCAUCUAUGAAAAAUACAGCUUUGUAAUAUAGUUUUACGUGUUUAGUUUUAUGACACAAAUUUCAAAAUGAGUUGUGACAAUGAUGCAGUAUCGUAAUAGUUGGUAAUUCAUUACAUGUUGUAAUGUCACUGGAAGUUGUUGCGCAAAUGUCA